AGCCCCUCCAACAUAAUUCCCCCAACCCUCUCCAUGCGCAGUCCAUCCAAUCAGGUUCAUCCUUGGACAGAAAGGCGUUACUCUAAGUAUCCAAACAAGUGGAAUAGCGCUGCGGGCACUCUUACAAAUGGGAUUGUCAUUCAAAAUAAUCAUUGCAGUAAUUUACUGGUUGACACGAACAUAUAAGAGCAGAAGAAGCUGAUUUUUUUCGGGUAAAUAUGAGCAGAUUUUGUUCAAGGUUGGAGCAGAUAUUAGCUACGUUGUGUCUUGACCUUCUCCGAGGAGGUAAGUCACAACUAAUAACUGCAUAAUGUAAUUGUGCUGUUUUUUUUUUUUCUAGUGGGCUCUUGUAUUCAGCUAAGAACAUGUGAAAAGAAAAAAGGCCACCCAAGGGCAUGCUACCGUGCUAAGAGAAUUACUUCAUGUUGCAUUCCGAUGUGAUCCUCAGUGAGUUUAUGGAAGAGCAUGGCUAGAAUGUAUUUAUUGUUGAAAAGAAAAUUGAUUCAGCAUGUAAUCAACAGGCCCUAUUCUCUUCCCAUGGAUUCUCUGUGUGUUUAAAACAGAGAAGAAAAACGGUGUCUCCAAACAUUUUUGCAACAUUGAGCACGUUAUUUUUGAAGGAACCAGCUUUAAUCUGCUCCCAUGCAUACAGAAGUCAAAUUUGGACUGAUCAUCUGAGGUCAACAAUGGGCCGUUUCCCCGUGGACAAAAAUUGGAGCUCAAAGUCUAAACUAAAAAACUUCAUGAUUCUCCUGAGAAGGUCUCCGGCCUGUCAGCCGAUCCACCUCGACCGAUAUUCAUCAAUAACUGCUCCUCAAAUCUCCACAUUUGCAUGUCGAGCUGUUUUUACAAAUGUAAAACGAUACAGAGACAUUUGUGUCUAUCAUCUCCUCGGACACGAUUUUUUUAACAAAGUGAAAGGUCGCCAAGUUGUGAGAUGGCACUUGCCCUCAACCUGUGUUGGAGCCCAAACCAACUGUUUUGAAAUGAGUUCUCACGGAGCUUGCCCGGCUCAGUCUUUAAAUCAAUUGUGCCAACACAUUAAGAUUUAUUUCCCAAAUAAGGACCUUGUCUCUCGGGCUGGAAGUGUACCAGCAUAUUUCAGCCAAACACAGCGGCGCUGUCAAAGUCAACUGGGAUCUCCACAGAGACCUUUAUCUGAGGCUCCACAGAGUCCUGUAUCUGAGUCUAAUGACGCAACAGCACAAUCGUACAGAGACAAACAAAAGGACUUGGGUCUCGCAACCCAGGAAAACGCUGGACUGCAACUCUUCCACAUUAGUUCUUUGGCAACAAGAUUUGGCGAAAGCUACAAUUACGUUGCCACUCACAUUAACUCAGUCUUCUUACAGGCUUUUGCCAAAUUGCAAGUUCCAGAGAAAGAGGAAAUGACAAAACGAUCCAAGAGAAGACCGAGGAGGAGAAAAACACAAAGCCAUCCUGUCAUGUAUUACGAAGACAUUGAAAUGUCUCACUUAAAAUCAAGCGCCGACCAGGCAGCUGCCCAACUAAACCACAGUAGGAGCUGGGAGGAGGGCUAUCGUCAAUUCGCAAGACACAUUAACAGUUACUUCGGUGCCAAGGCUGCUGAUGACGCCCACCUUCAGCGUCAACCCGAAUCUUCACCACAAUUGACCUCGCGCAUCCAAGGUGGCACGACUCAACACGAGCAAGACCCCAUCAGCCCAGAGAGUGGACUUUUUCACUGCAGCCACAACUCCGUUGACUUUAGGGAGACCAAAUGGCAGAUGUCAAGUCACAUGGAUCACCAUUUGCAUAAAACCAGCAGGAAUCUCAAGGAGGAGACUGACUGGCCCGCAGCAGACAGACCGGAAGCAAUCCCAUUCAUGGACUGCUUUCGUCACCCCACAAGAGCCAUUCCUGACCUGCUGCGGGCUUACCUGAACCGGGGUCCCAAGCCGCAGGACAGAGUACCAAAACCUGCAAUGGCAUCACCAGAAGCAGCCUUCAGUCAAAAGCUAUUCUUAAGUCACAAGCAAGCUGAGGAAGCGCUCUGUGGGUUGAUGGAGAACCUGAGACAGGCUUCAUCUGCAGAGGGGGUGACCACUUGCGUGGAGAUGCUGAAUGAACACCUGCGACGUCACCCUCCACGUAAAGCUUUGAUGUGGCAGUUCAGGGUGUAACCUGCCUCCUGCUCGAAGAUGUCUCAGACAGGCUCCAGCGCACCUGCAACCUUCGUGAGGAUACGCGGCUUGAAUAAUGGCUGGAUGGAUGGAAUACAACUGUUUCAAACAGCCACCUCCGUGGUUGUUUGUGGAGAAAACAGCUGUGACAUUGCUGAGACAGCGGCGAUUCUAUAGAGAUAACCAAGAUCUCCAGACGGCCAUCAGAGAAGCACUCGCUCUCAUCGGAUAUGUAGACCCUGUCAAAGGCCAUGGUAUCAAGGUGCUCUCCAUUGAUGGUGGAGGUACAAGAGGUGUGGUGCCUCUGCAGGUGUUGAAGCUGCUGGAAGCGCAGACAGGAAAAAAGAUUCAUCAGCUGUUUGACUACAUUUGUGGCGUUAGCACAGGGGCUGUGUUAGCAUUCAUGCUCGGCUUGGCCCAUUUUUCCUUGGACGAGUGUGCUGACAUGUAUCGGCGUUUUGGCUCUGAAGUUUUCCGGCAAAAUCGUUUGGUUGGCGCCGUAAAAAUGGGUUGGAGUCACUCGUACUAUAACACAGAGACAUGGGAGACCAUCCUCAGGUACACGCAACGGACUCUGGCAAACUGCGUCGAUGUGAAGUGUAGCGUGAAGCGUCACGCUUUCCUUGUAUUCAGAGAGAAGCUUGGUGAUGGAGUGCUCAUCAAAACAGCCAGACAUGAGUCAAGUCCCAAGGUUUCAGCUGUCAGCGCUGUGGUCAAUUGGGGCACCAGCCCAAAAGCCUUUAUCUUCUGCAAUUACAACCACAGAGCGGGAUCUCUGAGCCGCUACGCAGGAGGGUCCGGCUAUCCCAUGUGGCAGGCAGUGAGAGCGUCAUCGGCCGCUCCGGGUUACUUUAAAGAAUUCCUGUUGCAAAGCGACAUCCACCAGGAUGGAGGGAUUAUCAUGAACAACCCUUGCGCCUUAGCUGUGCAUGAAAGCAGACUCUUGUGGCCCAAAGACGCAUUCCAGUGCGUGCUGUCCCUUGGCACCGGUCGCUAUGACAACGCCAAGAGAGGCCCUGCCACCUGUACCAGCUUGAGAGCCAAAAUUAGUAACCUGAUCAGCAGUGCCACGGACACCGAGGGGGUCCACACCCUUUUGGAUGACCUGCUGCCCGCCGAUGUCUACUUCCGCUUCAAUCCCAUGCUGAGUGCUGAGGUGUCCCUCGACGAGAGCCACCCGGGGUCCUUGGACCAGCUGGAGAAAGACACGCGGCUUUACCUGGAGCGAAACCGUCUCAAACUGGCUCGUUUGUGUUUGGUACUUGGGGCGGAGCGUUCGGCUGUGAAGAAAACCAAGGACUGGAUCAGCGAAAGGGCCUGGGAGAUGAAGCACAGAUGGGUCUAGAACUAUCGGAGCAAGAGACCAGCAGGCUGUAGUCUGACUUUUGUGGCACUCAAGCUUAAUUUAGUAUUUAUUUCAUUGUACAUGUGUCAUGACCAUUUUUACAAAGGGACAAAAUACAUCGAAAGCUGUUCCAAAUACUG